AUUUGCUAAGGUUUGGCCUUUACUCACCCGCAACUUGCAAGUUAUUUGGCUCGUCGGAGCGCCUUUUCUCGACUUUCCUCAAGACCAAAAUGCCCAGGGCGCCCCGAAACCACAGCAAGACCUACAAGGUCCCUCGUCGACCUUUCGAAUCCGCUCGUCUCGAUUCCGAGCUCAAGCUCGCUGGCGAGUACGGUCUUCGUAACAAGCGUGAAAUCUGGCGUAUCGCCCUUAUUCUUUCCAAAAUUCGUCGUGCAGCUCGUGAAUUGCUCAAACUCGAUGACAAAGAUCCUAAACGUCUUUUCGAGGGUAAUGCCUUGAUUCGUCGUCUGGUCCGAAUUGGUGUGCUCGACGAGUCGCGUAUGCGUCUCGAUUACGUGUUGGCUCUGAAGAUCGAGGAUUUCUUGGAGAGAAGAUUGCAGACUCAGGUUUUCAAGAGCGGUCUUGCUAAAUCCAUUCAUCAUGCCCGAGUUUUGAUCAGGCAACGGCACAUCCGUGUUGGCAAGCAAAUCGUCAACGUUCCCUCUUUCGUCGUUCGACUUGACUCCCAAAAGCACAUCGACUUUGCCUUCACUUCUCCCCUCGGCGGUGGAGGACCUGGUCGUGUCAAGAGAAAGCGUGCUGCUGCUGCCGCCAAGAAGGAGGGCGGUAACGAGGAAGAAGAAGAGUAAAGGAACAAACUUGUAUUGCUUUCUCUAUCCUUCGCUUAUAUGACAUACCUUCAUGAUGUUUGGCAUUCUAUGUCUACUAAGAUGCAUACCACUACCCACAAGUGUGAAUGAAGUUCAC